UUUCAUAACCUCAAAUUGCAACACAAUAACGUGUGUUUAUUGUUGGUUUAUCCAUGUCCGUGUCUAUUUAAACUCCAUAAAAAUGCCUCAUUUGCGGUUCGACGACGACCAAGACAAUUAUGAUCAAUCAGAUUCAGAUGAAGAUUAUACUGAAAAUGAAAAAAUUCUGUUGAAUAAAGUCAGGAAUAAACAGUCCAGAGACUCAGAUAGUGACGGUGAAGUCUUUGGAGUCGGUUCAGGUUCAGAAUCUGAUGACCAGAGUGAAAUAGCUGACAGUGAUGUAGAAGGACAAGAGGAUAAAGAUGAUUUACCUGACAUCAGAGCGUGGGGCAAAAAGAAGAACAAAUUCUAUAACACUGACUAUGUAGACCAAGACUAUGGGGGCUUUCAAGGCAAAGAUGCCCAUUUAGCGGAAUUAGAAGAAGAAGAAGCACGAAAUUUGCAGAAGCAAUUGGCUGAACAGCUGGAUGAUGAUGAUUUUAAACUAGAUUUACCAACUAAAGUGGUUCAGGAGGAUAAAGCCACUCCAGAGGAAAUAAUUAAAAGCGACAUUUCGAAAUUAUCAAAAAGACAAAAACUGCAAAUUUUGCAAAAAGAAUCUCCUGAGUUUUUUGGGCUUGUAGAGGACUUUCAAGCGCAAAUGACAACUGUGAAGGAUUAUUUAGGGCCUGCUUUAGAUAAAUAUAAAAAAGGACUUGUCCAAGACUGCUCUGGAAUGGAAUUUGUAACAACUUAUCACCAACUAAUACUGAACUACUGUGUCAACAUUUACAUGUACCUUCUUCUUAAAGCUUCAAGAACAAACGUUCAGAAUCACCCUGUUGUCAAACGUUUGUAUCAAUAUAGGCAACUUUUAUCGCAACUAGAUACUGUCUAUCAGGAGGUAAUAAAACCUCAAAUUGAGUCUAUUUUGAAAGAAGACAAUAAAAAACCGCUGAAUAUAGUACAGAAAUUAACUAAUCCAACGGAGAAAAACGUAGAAAAGAGUAAAAAGAGAAAGAGAGUAGAAGAACAAAAAAGCAAAAAAGUGAAAUUCGCCGAAAAAUUAGUAGAACAUGAGAAGUCUGCUAAGGAAGAAGAAGAAGCUGCUCUGGAAAUGGCAGAGGAGACUGAAGAAACCGCCGAAAAUGCGAAGAGGGCGAUUACUUACCAAAUCGCGAAGAAUAAAGGCUUGACACCUCACAGAAAGAAGGAACAGAGAAAUCCAAGAGUCAAGCAUAGAAAUAAAUUCAGAAAAGCGAAAAUCAGACGACGAGGAGCUGUCCGCGAGCCUCGCACUGAAAUGACACGAUAUGGUGGGGAAAUUUCAGGGAUUAAAGCAACCGUCACAAAGAGCAUACAAAUUAAAUAAUGUAUUUUAUUAAUAAAAUGUUUUUAAAAA